UCCAUCGCCAGUUCGGUUUUGGUGUUUAAUCGCCAUGGUACGUGGCAGCAGAUGGAAAUCCAACAGCUUUCAUUCAAAAGUGUAAAAAUGAGCUAGUUAGCUAGCUAGCUUGUUAGCUAUGUGGUACACCGAAGGAGUGUGUGUGAAGCUAAUGCGUAAUGCUUGUAUAAUCUUUGAAAAAUGUUGACAUUUAUCACUUUCAUGAAUAUUUUCCACAUAUAUGCAUAUUUUUUUUUUAUCACUUGAGACCAUAACUAAUAUUUAAUAUAAACCGGUAUCAUGAUUUUUAUUAGUAUUUAUUGCAACAUGUCGACUUUGACGUCUCUGGAAUCUGUAAACUCUGUACACAAGUUACAAACAAUUCAAUGGUAUAAAAUUGUAUAAUUUUAAUCUCUAUUAUCAGCUACAGUCAUAAAAUACAUGAAUGUAAACAAUUUGACUAGAUUUAGUCAUUUUGGUAAGCAAAAAUAUAGAAUAGAGGUAGAAAUGUUUUCCCUCUUUUCAGUGAUUGAUGCAUUUUAUUCAUUCACAUGGACAGUCCACUUAUUUUAAUAUAAGUUAUAUAUUUGUGAUAUAAUUGUGAGUAACAAGUGCCCUCGAAGGCAUCAGAGUAUGUGUUAUAGUUUACACAUUAAUGCGGGAUCACUUAUCAGAUUGAGCAAACAUGAAUUGAUGUUGACAUUCCUGAUGCCUUCGGUAAGACUACAUAGAUCAGAUUAGAUGAGACAGAUUAGAUUCUUUGUUGUUAUUGCAAAGCGAAUGUUAGAAUAUCAACAAAACACGGAUGCUGGACCAACACGCUCACAAACCUACAAUAUACACUGACAAGGCAUAACAUUAUGACCACCUGCCUAAUAUUGUGUUGGACCCCCUUUUGCUGCCAAAGCAGCCCUGACCCAUCAUGUGCUGUGUAUUCUGACACCUUUCUAUCAGAACCAGCAUUAACUUCUUCAGCAAUUUCAGCAACAGUAGCUCGUCUGUUGGAUCGAAUCACACGGGCCAGCUUUUACUCCCCAUGUGCAUCAGUGAGCCUUGGCCGCCCAUGACCCUGUCGCCGUUUCACUGCUGUUCCUUCCUUGGACCACUUUUGAUAGAUACUGACCACUGCAGACCGGGAACACCCCACAAGAGCUGCAGUUUUGGAGAUGCUCUGAUCCAGUGGUCAAGCCAUCACAAUUUGGCCCUUGUCAAACUCGCUCAAAUCCUUACACUUGUCCAUUUUUCCUGCUUCUAACACAUCAACUUUGAGGACAAAAUGUUCACUUGCUGCCUAAUAUAUCCCACCCACUAACAGGUGCCACGAUGAGGAGAUAAUCAGCGUUAUUCACUUCACCUGUCAGUGGUCAUAAUGUUAUGCCUGAUCGGUGUAUAAUGUAAUUCAUUUACAAUUGCACAUGAUAAAACAUCAUUUAAACCCCCCAAAAAACAAACAGCAAAAUGGGACUUUUUGGACAAUUAAAUUCUUAACUGUACUUUUAACUCAAACAGUGGUCGGUGUAGAUCACAUUAUAGGCAUAUAAUAUCUGACAUGUGUCCAGAUGUUACACAGCUGUGUCAUCCCUUUGACAUUGUUAAUCAGUGAAUGAGUACUGGUAAAGAAGUAUUGCUGAACUGACUAAUGGCCCGCUCCCAGAAGAGCAGUGUAUGGAUUAGAAAGCACCUGGGUGCAAAUGAGUCCAGUAGUAGUAAUGAUUGAAUUACCACAGUGCUGUUAAAUACUCAGACCUGAUACUGGGUGUAAUUCAAGUCACAGGUUUAUAAUAAUGUACUCCUUAACAGCUCACUCACAGUAUAUCAUAUACACUCACCUUCACCUGCUCAUUCAAUCAGCUAAUCAUAUUGCAGCAGCACAGUGCCUAAAGUCAUGCAGAUACAGGUCAAGAGCUCCAGUUAAUAUUCACAUCAAUUAUCAGAAUGGGGAAAAUGUGAUGCAGCAUGGUCAUUGAUACUAGAUGAGAUGCUGGGAAUACUUUUGAAACUGCUGACCUUCUGAGUUUUUCAUACAAACACUAGUCUCUGUACCAGCACUGUACAGCCUUAUCCAGAAAGGGCCUUUUGUAAGUGCAGGUUUUCAUUCCAGCAAGGCAGAAACCAUACAUGAGUCUACUGAAAACCAAGCUUAACUGAUUAAACAGGAAGCAGGUAUGGCUCCUGCCUGACUAGAAGGAAACCACAAUUGAUGUGUUGUGCAUAACUGAGAUGCUUUUUCACAGCUGUAAAGAAUGUUUAGGUGAGUUACUAUAGACUUCCUGUCAGCUCAGACCAGUCUGGUCAUACUCAAACCAGCCCAUCUGGUACCAACAUCCAUGCCACAAUCAGUGUCACAGAGAUCACAGUCUUGACCUCUAUCUGCAUGAUGCAUUGCGCCGAUGCCACGUGAUUAAAUAACUGCAUGAAUGUUUAGGUGUACAGAUGUUCCUAAUAAAGUGGAUGGUGAAUGUACACAUAAUCAUUGAUAUGACUGAUGAAGGAGAUGCUUAUUUAUCAUUCAUGCAUGUCCAGUGUCAGCAUUUUUAAAAUUAUGGUAAUGUUUCCUCAGGACAAAGGAGGUCACUCUGUGUGAUUUCUCUGUUAAAUUACAAGCUCAAUAACUUAAAGCCAAUAAAAGUAAAAAGGGGUGCUGAGCAACUGUUUAUAGUGUUAAAAAGCACCUUGUGGAUGAUCUAUAACAGUAAAUGUAAGUACCAGCUGUUAAAAAGUAUGACCUAUCAUUCAUUACUAAAUGUAAAACUUGUAGUUGUUGACAAAUUAGAGUAGUGUAAGAUAAAUGACACCUCAGAAUGUAACGUUAUAAGAUAAUAAUCAACUUUGAGUUGAUUAAACACCACCAUGUUAUUGAUUACACAUUUCUUAUCUCAUGUUUUAUUCCUCAUACAGUAAUUAGUGCAGUGCCAUUACAGACUUUGAUCAGUCCAGACAGUGAUGUGACUUGAUACAGUCUUAUCACUGUGGGUAGGAUCCACCUGACAUGUAGAUAAUUCGAGUGAAGCCAGCUAGAGAGCCCCAAAUGUUGGAAUGGACUUGCAGGAAAACAGUAGCCUCUGUUGAUAUUGUCACUCCUGUUUCUUUAUUACAAAGAAAUGUACUCCAAUUUGGUGCACUUGUUUGGAGCCAGAGUCUAGUCCGCAACACACCUUUUUUUUUUUUUUAUUAUGAGAACCACGGUAACUCUUUAACAGACCAGUGAAAAGAAGAUACAUGUCUGCCUUGAAAAUUCCUUCGAGAACAGGGAGCGGCAAUCUAGCUAGCCUUGCAAUUAUCAACACGCCUAUUUCAUAAUCCCCAUGUGAUGAUGUUUCAGACAUGAAUGCUUAAAGCACCAGCAUCUGAAUGAUUUUGUCUCACUGAUGCUUGGAGGUAAGUCCGUGUUUGUUGGCUCGUUACUUGGCUGCCGGAAGGACCAUGGGUGCAUGAUUUUCUUCUUAUCAACAUUUGCAUUUACGGCAUUUGGCAGACUUCCCUUAUCCAAAGUGACUUACACUUACUUAUCUACAACCUUUAUCGACAGGUGAAUGAUAAUCUGCAACUCCGCCAGCACCAACUUCUCUUCCUUGCUCUUGCUGAUCAUCUACUUCCUCUACAGAUUUGUCAUCUUGAAAUCUCCACCCCUGCAGCAUGUCUCAGAAAUACCCCUACACGAACACAGGUGAUGACUAUCUGUCUCAUCAAGACAUGUAUGCAGACUCGUACAAGAGACCGCCUACUACAUACCAGCCUGGCAUUAUGUCCUCGUCUCAGGAGCAAACCCGCUCUACAGCAUCCUCAAACAGAACUGUAGACUCUCCUGUAAACCUGCCCGGGAAGGCUUUGUCAUUUCUUCACAGCUGUGGACUGGACCCGAGCGACCUCGCCCACCUUGCAGAACUUCCUGAGCAUCUCAUCACAGUUGAGACACUUCCCAGCCUGCUUUUACAGGUCAAAGAACGUAAAUUGUCCAGCGCUUCAUCAUCUAGACCCAGCACAAGUCAGCCUCUUGACGAUACCUCAGCUCAUUCCUGGGAGGGUAGCAGUCACACCACACCUGUUGAGUAUCCGAUCGAUCGACCUGUGCAUCCGGUGUACCCUCUUCCUCCAGAGCAAGUUCAAACCUGGCAAGACCGCUGGGGGAAUCCUCGACGAACGAGUUCAUUAACCACCGGUAUCGGCUGUUCCAGCAGUAAAAGCGGCAGUUUUCCAGACUACAGCAUCUCCAUGGACUCUGACCCAUAUUGCAAUGCCACAGAAUCACCAGAGCCCUCAUCACACUCUUUUGUUGAUUCCAAGCCGAGGCCACUACUUUCUUUGAAAUUAGAGCCACCUAUUGUCACGCCUACUAAGAAUGAGGCCUCAGACUUCAAUUGCAAAAUUCCCCCGGCUUUUCCUCACGUGUGUCAACUCUGUGACAUUUCUAUCCAUUCUUCAAGGGACUGGCUUUUUCACGUUCGAGGUAGUGAGCAUGCUAAAUGUCAGCUUGAACUUGUGAAAAAGUACCCAAAGUGGGAUCAGACUGUUGAAUCUGCAAGGAAUGAAAGCUCCGAAGUUUACAAAGUGCCAACCAGAAAGGAGGCCUCAGACUUCAAUGGCGUGGUUCCCCCAGUUUUUCCAUACUUGUGUGUUCUCUGCAACAUCACUGUCUUUUCUGAAAAGGACUGGUCUGCACAUGUUACAAGUGGUCAGCAUGCUCAGAGUCAGCUUGACCUUAUGGCAAAGUACCCAGUGUGGGAUGGGACUGUUCAAUCUUCUAGAAGAAACGACGGUCACGGCUCCACCGACACGCGAGAUGGAACCUCAAAAGGAAAUACCUCAGACAUGAAGAUGUCGCAUGCGAAAGAUGAAGGGUGUUCUCGAGUUGUGAGCUUCACACCAUUACCUGCUGGAGAGGGUAUCACGUCAGAGUUGACAGCCAUUGCCAAACGUUUUGGAUCUGUCAGAAAGUCCUUGUUUCUAACAAACCAGGGUUAUGUGGAAAUGAGUUGCUUAGCAGAAGCCGAGAAAUUGGUUGAACAUUACUCAGCCAAUCGACUGAAAUUAAAAGGAAAAUUAAUUCAAGUCACCUACGCUUAUGAAUAUAACUCACUAAGAGAGGCAGAAGUGAAUGACACAAAGCAAUCCAGGCAUUCUCACACCAAAAGAAGAUCUAGCCCAGACAUUCACAGCAUUCAGAGAGACUCUUCCAGUCCCAGGAGAGUACGCUCAUCAGAUAGGACUCCCUCUAGCCCCAAAAGAAGACAUUCAUCAGAUAGGACUCACUCUAGCCAUAGUAGAAGACACUCAUCAGAUAGGACUUCUUCCAGCCCCAAAAGGAAACAUUCUUCAGAGAGGACUCAUUCUAGCCCCAAGAGGAAACAUUCAUCAGAGAGGACUCAUUCUAGCCCCAAGAGGAAACAUUCAUCAGAGAGGACUCAUUCUAGCCCCAAAAGAAAAAGUUUAUCAGAGAGGACUUGCUCUAGCCCCAAAAGAAAAAGUUCAUCAGAGAGGACUCAUUCUAGCCCCAAGAGAAGACGCUCAUCACAGAGGACCCAUACUAGCCCCAAAAGAAGUUAUUCAUUAGAGAGGACCCACUCUUCUAGGAGUCACCAAGUAAAAGAGGGAGAAGAUUCUCAAAAAUCCAGGGAGAGCACUAGUACCUCAAGCCCUGCUGCUAAAGCUGAAAGUACAAAAUCAAGUGCAGAUACAGAAGAACAGAAAAGUGUGAGCAACAACAACAUUGAAAACAUGGAUUCAGACAGUGAUCUUGAAGGGUUAGAAGUGAUAGCAGAUGAUGGUGAAGAAUUGGCACGUGACAUUGAUGAUUAUGAGCUCACAUCAAGUGACCAGGAGAAUUUACCAUCAGAACCAAUGGAUGUAACGGACAUUCACACAGAGGAAGAAGUAAAGACUGGAGAAGAUUCUCCAAAUGCUGAUACCCCAGAGAUAUCGAACUGUCCGAAGGAGGACCAAAAGUUUGAUGAACAUAAAGAACAGGAAAUUACAGAGGAGGACCAUGAUUUCUCCAAUCUCCUUGAAAAUUGUGUGACCUUAGAUGAAUUCACAGAAGAAAACUUUUCAGAUUGUCAAGAAUCAGAUGAAGCAAAGCCCUCAAUCCUACAAAAUGAGCAAAGUGAUAAAGAACCUGAAUCACCUAAAGAACAAUGUACCAGCAAAACAACCGCAGAGAACCCAGAAGAUGCUGUUAUUCAGCCUAAAGAGGAACAUGACCAGGAGAGAGUGACAGAAGACCUCAAGGAAAACUUUGGCAACAUUCUUGAGGUCAAAAAUCUACCAAGUGCUGAAGACUAUACAGACUUGGAUUUUCUGAACAUCAUAAAGCGAUAUGGAGACAUCAUGCACCAUGUGCUGUUUCGAAGUUACAAAAAAGGGUUUGUUGAAAUGGCGCUCGCGUCUGAUGCUGAGAGAGUUGCUGCUGAUUCCAAAAAUCAAGAUAUUGCAUUACGUGGUAAAGUCUUGAAGAUUAAAGUAUCUGAGAAAUACUGCCAUCUGCCAGAAGAUGGCUGUAGUUUUGGGUCUGAUUCUGAUGAUGAAGAGAUCAUGAAGGAAGACGUAUCUAAGAGUGAUGCGCUAAAUGGUAACACAGAUUCUUCAAAUGAAUCUCUCAAAACUGAUGAGCCAGUAGGAACUGAGUUUGUCCGGCCUGUAGUGGGCUACUUCUGUAACCUGUGCAAUGUCAUCUAUGCCACUGAAGAGGAAGCAAAAGACGAACACUGCAAAAGUCCAGCACACCGUGAGAAAGUGAAGGAACACAAGGAAAAAAGUGGCUCUGUGAAAAAUAAAAAGUGAUAUGUACAUAAAAGUCUGUGAGAGGACAUUUUUUCAAGGAUUGUAUAUUCAACUGACCCUGAGCCACAUAAAAACUGUCCAUGGUGGGGUGGUACAACUUGUCAUAGGCCUCUUCUUGUCCUCAUCAUAUACUGUCCUGUACUAUAAUUGUGUUUGUGUUCAUCUGUUUUAUUAAUUGUAUGCCAUGGAUGUAUUCAAUUCAGCUGAAUUUGUUGAUGAAAUGCUUUCAACUGAAUACAAUGGCACAUUAUUAUUGUUAAAAUAUUUUAUUUACUGUUGAAAUUGAUAGAUUUUUUUAAAUGUGUAUUAAACCGUGUCUGCCUGUUUAACUACAUAUGUGCACAUUUCUUU